UAGCGACAAAGGCGUCCAGAGAAAGAACAACAAAUAUUGAAAACAGCGCAUUCGAGAUUCAGUCGAAAAUGUCCAUGAUUCCAUUCUUUCCCACGCUCAAAGUCUCCGUGGCCAAUCGCUACUGGUUGGACAUGGCUCCUGCCUCCGUAAACGAAGAAUCGCAGACGCGGCGUUACGAGGAUGAAAGGAGCAACUGGCGAGAGUCCCUUAAGACGGCCGGCACAGAUCUGCAGCCGCUGGGCAAGAUGCUCACUAUACCCGGAAUUGAGACCGACGACGAGGAUGCCAACGAUGACAGCGAGGACACGGACAGUCACGAUGAGGAGGAUGACGAGACGAACGACCGCGUCAUCCCGGUCACCCAGGACUUUUACUCCGCCGACGACAUCCAGAUGAACGACGAGACCUCGCCCACAGCCCCCUAAAUGAAGGGGAGUUCCCAGAUUGCCCAUCACAAUGUCGUCCGGCUGGUGGAUACACAAUUAUUUAUUUUCGCGUCUUGUUCCCUUUACAAACUGUAAUAACAAGUGUCGGAUACUUUAGGCUUAAAUAAAUUAUAACAUAGUAA